UCCUGAGGGUCACAGAGGAGGAAACCCGGACUGCAGACCCGCCGCGUGCCUUCUUCAUCUCCAUCUUUCUCAGUCGCUUCUGGUCUUUAUUUUAUUUUAUUUGAUCUUAUUUUAUUUUAUUUUAUUACUUUAUUCAUCUGAAGAGGAGGAAAGAGAACCGGGACUCUCCAAAGCGGUGCACCUGUGUGUGUGUGUGUGUGUGUGUGUGUGUGUGUGUGUGUGUGUGUGUGUGUGUGUGUGUGUGUGUGUGUGUGUGUGUGUGUGUCCUUCAGGAUGCGUGAUGUACAGCUGAACAACGGGACGUGCAUUAACGGAUCUGUGGUCAGGCUGUGGUGCGGAUCUCAGUCUGCAGUGUGUUUGAUCAGCAGUGAUCAGGCAGCGGGUGACGCACGAUUAAACAACAGUGCACCGACAGCAGAUGUAAACACAAACAGGACCUACAACCUGGGGCUGGGCCUCGCUCUGGCUCUGCUCUCGGCCUUCCUGAUUGGCGGCAGUGUCAUCCUGAAGAAGAAAGCUCUGCUCCGAUUGGCCGGGACCGGACACCUCAGAGCAGGUGAUGGAGGUCACGGCUACCUGAGGGACUGGCUGUGGUGGGGAGGACUGCUGACCAUGGCAGCUGGAGAGGUGUGUAACUUUGCCGCCUACAUGUUCGCCCCGGCCACGCUGGUGACCCCGCUGGGCGCCCUGAGCGUGCUCAUCAGUGCAGUGCUGUCCUCCCACCUGCUGGGGGAGGCGCUGAACGUGGUGGGGAAGCUGGGCUGCCUGCUGUGCGUGCUGGGGAGCGUCCUGCUGGUGAUCCACGUCCCGCAGGAGCAGGAAGUGACGUCUCUGGAGGACAUGACCAGCAAGCUGCUGGAGCCCGGUUUCCUGGUGUACGCGGCCGUCGUGCUGCUGAUGUGCGCCGUGCUCGUGCUGCGUGUCUCUCCUCGCUGCGGCCGCUCCAACAUCCUGGUGUACAUCGGCGUGUGCUCGCUGCUCGGAGCCUUCACCGUGUCGUCGGUGAAGGGCCUCGCCAUCGUCAUCAACAGCCUGUUUUCUGACGUCUCUGUGCUGGCCAACCCGCUCUCCUGGAUCCUGCUGCUCACGCUCCUCGUCUCCAUAGUAACACAGGUGAACUAUCUCAACAAGUCUCUGGACACCUUCAACACCCUGCUGGUCUAUCCCAUCUACUACGUCUUCUUCACCUCCGUGGUGCUCUGCACCUCCAUCAUCCUGUUCCAGGAGUGGAGGAGCAUGACCCCGGUGGGCGUGGUCACCACGCUGGGCUCCUUCCUGGUCAUCGUGGUGGGCGUGGCCAUGCUGCACCUGUUCAGGGAGCUGCAGGUAACGUUGAAGCAGCUGACCAAUCAGCUGUCGCAGCCCGUGGAGAGGGAGGGGCUUACGGAGGAGGCGCCAGCCAGCGAGAGAGGAGAAGAAGGAAGAAAAGAAAGAGGGGGCAGAAAUAAGAAGGAGGAUAAAUGUGGACUGAUGGACAACAUGGUGAUCGAGAGUCUUCCUCCCAUGAGAGAGGAAGGACCCAGAGUCUUCAUCAUCAGCUGACCUCGCUCUCCAUUCACCUUCUCUAGACUGCCGUUCUGGUUCCAGCCAUUUCAGCCCUUUAACCAGUGUUAUCUUUCUCUGUUUCUGGUGUUUUUAUGUGUUUUAGAUUGUUGUUUUAAUAUUUUAUCUGCACAUAUCCAACCUCCACGUCAAAGUCAAUGAGUGAAACUUGUAUUUAUUUGGAUUCAUUCCUGGUUAUCGUUUGGAAACUUAACAUUUCCCAGCUGAGGUGAAAGGUCACAGGACUUCAGCUGAUGAACUGUUGAACCACUCUUCACUUUAACAGUCUUUUUGAAAGUUGUGAAAAUGAAAUGAAAACAAGAUUAAAAGGUUUUGUGAAUAUA